AUGUAUGUUCCUGCCUCCUGUUGCAUCCCAUGGCUUGUUGUGUUCGGCAUUGAAUGUUUAAUCGUAGUCAUCCUCAAUGCCAUCACCAUUAUUGUAUUUGUAAAGCAGCGUCAGAAACACAGGAAAAACUCAAUGGUUACCAACACAAGCAACAUUGCCUCCCACUGCAUUCCAUGGCUUUUUGUGUACGGCAUUGAAUGUCUGGCUGUAGUUUUUCUCAACGCCAUCGCCAUUAUUGUAUUUGUAAAGCAGCGUCAGCUACAGAGAAAGAGUACAUACUUGAUCAUCCAUCUGGCAAUGGUCGAUUUCUUUGUCGGGGCGGUUACUGGACCUCUGCGUAUUUACAGCUUAGGGAGCUGGUACUGUGAUCUGUGGGAAUUCGUUUGGCCUGAUAGUACUUGGUUUAACAUAAUAAUAUAUGCCAUUGGUUAUAAUAGUUAUCAAAUCUCGCUUCUUAAUCUCGCUUUUAUUUCAUUAGAACGAGCACACGCAACAUUUCGUCCGUUCAAGCAUCGUUUUGUAAAGACAUGGGUUUAUGGAGUGAUGAUAACAGUCACUUGGUUAGUUCCUGUAGUCAUGAUAGGCACUUUAUUUGGACUGUCAAAAUUAUUUCGCGUCUGCGUUCUUUAUUUCUUCUUAUAUUUUGUCAUUCUUCUCUUUGUUAUAUUUGUAUCCUAUGUUUCUAUUUAUAUAAAAGUGCGUCGUGGUCGUCUUCCUCAACACCAUGGUGCAGCCCGUCUGAGGGAAAGAAAACUGACAAGUACAUUGUUUCUUGUCACCUUUGGAUCGUUAUUUACUUUCUUGCCAGUGGUUUUAUACUUGGGUGUGGGACUUUUUAAGCCUAAGCUAAGUUCUAAUUUUCAUAUUACAUACGUGAGGACAAUUGUUGCAUUUUUUUUGCUAAACUCAUUCAUAAAUCCUAUAAUUUACGCCAUACGGAUGCCAGAAUUAAGAGCGGGUAUAUUACAAAUAAUAUUUCGCAGGGUUCCACAUCGCUCAAAUGGGGUUAACAUUCCACUUCAGGAUCGUUAA